AAAUCCCAUUUGAAACCCCAAAUAAUUUUGAAGUUCCAAAGCCAAAGAGGAACACAACCAGAGUUUCCAAUCUGGAAAGUGGAAACAAGCGAAGCUCCGGAGACAUGGCGCAGGCCGCGCGACUCAAUCUUCGAAUGCAGAAGGAACUGAAGCUUCUCCUCACCGAUCCCCCACCCGGCGCCUCCUUCCCCUUUCUCUCCCCGGACUCCGACCUACCUUCAUUGUCUUCCAUUGAUGCCCAAAUCGAAGGUGCGGAAGGGACAGUGUAUGCUAAAGGGAUCUUUAAAAUUAAGAUUCAGAUACCUGAUAGGUACCCGUUUCAGCCUCCAAUAGUGACUUUUGCAACACCAAUUUACCACCCAAACAUCGACACUGGUGGCAGAAUUUGCCUUGAUAUUCUCAAUCUUCCCCCGAAGGGGGCAUGGCAACCAUCACUGAAUAUUUCAACAGUGCUGACAAGUAUUGGAUUGUUACUUAGUGAACCAAAUCCUGAUGAUGGCCUAAUGUGUGAAGCGAGCAGGGAAUACAAGUAUAAUAGACAAGCUUUUGACCAUAAAGCUCGAGCUAUGACUGAAAAGUAUGCUAAGGCCGGAGAUGGAGGCAGUUCUAGCAGCCAAUGCAUUCAAACUAUGCCAAACCCAAGCAUGGUGGAAGUUCAAGGAGUAGACAUGGGGUCAAAACAGGACACUACUGGCUCUGCUUCUAGUGAUGGAAAACAAUCUGGUAUUAGCCACAAGCUGUCAUUUAAGUCUUUGAGCUCUACCAAAGGGAAAGAGGGUGAUAGCAAGGAGAAUGAGAUGCCUGGCCACCGUAUAUCUUCUUCUGAAUUAGAAAACCAGAUGGAAAUUAAAGGAAAAAGAAAAGAGGAAAAUAGUGCACUCAACGAGUGUAAUCUAAAUUGUGUGAGGCCACAUGGGAUCAGGCGUAAGCUGUCUCUAGACACGUCUGGUCAGUUCAAGAAGAAUGAAGAUGAUAACAAGGAAAACGUGGAUCCAAAUUGCUGUCAAUCACUUUAUCAUUCCCAAAACAAUUUUAUUUCUCCUUUUGGGACAUCAGAGCAGCAGGUCAGCAACAAUCACGAACAACUUCGCCAGCAUCAAGAUGAUAAAUCAACACGUUAUACUAGAAGUACUGGUUCAAAGCCAUGCCAGAUAACCCAUAAAAAACCAUUAAGAUCAUUUGACUCUUGCCAAAUAUCGGAUGGUAGCAAGAAGAAAUUGCUUGAAACCACUAAACCGUUUUCCUCUAAGUCAUACUCUCUCACAGCAGAUGAUGUCUCACCAAUUCCUCUACCUGUUAGGCAUGGUGAAGUGCAGCCUUCUGAGGAUUUCAGCGACAGAACUGGAAAUACCCCUGCCCAUACAAAGAUUGACAAGCAUACUUUAUUAGGAAAGAAGCUUUCCCUGGGUUUUAAGGGUUCAUCACAGAAACAAGAUAACAACAAAGAGAAUGUGGUGCCAGUUAAUCAGUUGCCACUUUCAAAACCCCACAGUCCUUUCAGAAAGAGUGGCUUAGGCUGCAAGUUGUCUCUUCGUACACUAAGCCAGCUGCAAGGGAGCAAGGAAGAUCACAGACAAUCUGAAAACUUCUUCACAAAUGCAUCUGAAUCCUUGCCUGUGCCACAGGAUAGCAGAUAUGAUUGGGAGCAACAGCCUAAUCAAGAUGAAAGUAUGAAAACUGAGAGGGAAAUCAUCCAGGAACAUGGAGCAGAAGAAACAGAAGGACCACCAUUAUCAGAAACGAUUAUUGUGCUGGAUAGUGAAGAUAGUGAGGAGGAAGGACAGGUCUCCUCCAGGCAAAGGUUAUCACUAGCAAGAAAGCGCAUUGGCAAGACUAUAGCCAAAGCUUGAGCAUUUGUUAUUUCCAGUUCUGCUGUUGUAUUUGGGACUUUCCUGCUGAAUUUGGGCUUCUUUGUUCUGUUAGCCAGGGAAGUUGAUGAAGCUUUUUUUUUGUACAUCUCCAGCGAGAAUGAGUAUAACAUUCUAGCAUUCAGAGAUGUAGCUGCCUGGUUGUGAAUAGAACAGUUUCAAUUAAUUGCAACUUGGUGCUCUUUUGGUAUGUUGGUUUGAGUUUUGUGGUUAUGACAUUGUCUUGAGUCACCAAGUUUGGGCAUUGAUUAGACUUAUGAA